UGAAUGUGGAUUUAAUAAGCUGCAAGCCGUGUAUAUGUGGAGCCAUAAUGGCGGCUUCAGGGUUUUAGUUUCGUAGCUGAUAGUUGCUAGUCUUUGCCCCGCCCACUUAGUAGACACGUGUGUUUUAAGUUUGCAGCAUGGCUUCAUUGGCUAAGAAAAGGGCAGUAGGUUUUGGUGAAAAACCCGAGGAAAGUGACAACAGCUCCGAUGAGAAUCCAGAGGAGGAAGACGAUUCCGGAGAAGAGGACAGUGAGGCGUCAGAUGAGGAAAUUAAUGAGGAGGUCGUUGUAGACUUUGAAGCUCACACCAUCUCAGACAAUGACUUCAACGGCAUAAAGAAGCUGCUGCAGCAGCUUUUCUUAAAAGCUCAUGUGAAUACAUCAGAGAUGACAGACAUCAUCAUCCAACAAAAUCAUGUUGGAAGUGUCGUCAAGCAAGCUGAGGUGCCCGAAGACAGCGACGAUGAUGACGACCCAGAUGAAGUGUUUGGCUUCAUCACCAUGCUCAACCUCACAGAGAGAAAGGGUGUACAAUGUGUGGAGGAGGUGAAGGAGCUGAUUGUGGAUCAGUGUGAGAAGAAUGCUUCUCAUAUUGUGACAGAACAGCUGGAGAAGAUCUUUAAUGAUAACAGCAAGCCUGUGGGGCUGCUGCUAAGUGAGCGCUUCAUCAAUGUGCCUCCACAGAUUGCCCUUCCACUGCACAAACAGCUCCAGGAAGAAAUCGCUGAAGCUCAGAGGACAAAUAAGCCCAGUGGGAGGUGCCACUACUGCCUGAUUAUCAGCAAGACCUGUAGAGAAGAGACCAAGAGCAUCCCAGCCACAGGAGGAGCUCCCAAAGAGGAAUACAUGUUUGUCAAUGCAGAGGAGGAAUUCUUUUAUGAGCAAGCCAUCUUGAAGUUCCACUACACAGUCCAAGAAGAGGCGGAUUCCUGUUUAAGUGGGAGGUGGUCAUUUACGGAUGUGCCCAUGAAGCCUUUUAGGACUGUGAUGCUGAUACCCACAGACAGAAUGCCUGCCAUCAUGGAGAAACUCAAAGAAUAUCUAUCAGUGUGACCUUCACAAUAAACCAAGACACCUAUGGACACAGUGACAGCUUUCAAGCUUCUGAAAAACAUUCAGUAUAUUCAAUUUUUGUACAGUUGGCUGUAGGAAUGCGUGUAUUCAUAUUUAGAAUAUGUAGGGCGAUAGUUUACCCAUUUUUAGAAAUUUUAAAGACAGUUUGUACAAAUUGUAAAGACAUAGGGAAUAAUCACAUACUUGAAUACUGGAAGAAACUACAUGCAACUGCAUAUCAAAGGUGUUUAUAGGAAGACUUCAAAAUGAGAUGAGUUUGGUGUUAAGUUGUGGUAAACAGAAGAAUGGGAGUAAUGGCUACAGAGCAAAUGAGUGGUAUUGUAACACUGUAGGUAUGUGGUUUUUAACAUUCAGCUACGUGUUUCAUCCCUUCAAGAGCAGACUUUCCUUGAUGUACAUUCUUAGAUAAAUGGGCAAAGCACAGUUAUUCUGAGCAAGUUGUUUCAUACGUAUUUCAGCUUUAAAAUCAGAUCCUUGGAUGUGAAGGUAUACUGGAUAUAUACUGCAUAAUAGGGAAGUACAUAGGAGACAAAUUACUUUUUACUCGAACAUAUUUUUUUUUGCCUGUGAGGUAUAUCAAAUGACAGUGCGCAUAAAGUCCACACCUAAGCAGUGUUGCGGAAAACCCCCUCACUCAUUGUUUUUAGAUCACAACUAUUAAACUGCAAACUUUUCUAUAUUUACAGCACAGACAUCUUUGCCUUCUCAGCACUGUAAGCACAUUGGGUAGUACACAUGAGUAAUUUAAUGUAAUAAAUUAAGCUUUACUGUAUUAAUUAUACAAAUGUCUUACAAGCAUUCAUGCAUUUGCAGUCUAAAUUUGUGAUUUUUCAGUUUACUGAAUCAUACAUCUGUCAUACGUCUGUGUCACUGCUGCACAGCCACUGUUCACGUCACCACUUGUUGUUGCAGCUUCCUGUUUCUUCUCUUUGCGGUUUUUGGAUCCAUGUGGGUCCAACAUGUCUUGCAGUAUAUCUUUGCUUUCGCUAGGGGGCAGAUUGUAGAAGAAGUACAGUGGUGCAAUUUCAAUGAACCUAAAAGAGAAAUUUGAAAACCAAUAUUAAAUGUAAAACAUUUGUGUCAACACAAGAUAUUGUGUAGAUAAAGAGAUUAAAAAUAUUCAAAUUAAAAUGAGA